AUGGCGUCAGCCCUCUUCCGAUUACUUUACAUAACAGUUCUCGAUCCGCCAUACUUGCCAUUGGGACCAGCAGCUCUUCGCAGCAGACGUGGAUUUAGUACAUCCGAAAAAGAGAAAUCAACAUCCGACGCGGACGGCAUUGGUGGAGCUGAAUACAAUGUUGGAUUCCGUGAGGGAACCGGUGGACCACUGGAUCCAGAUUCUCCGGGCUUGGAAUACUUCUAUACAAAAGAAGUGUUUUCCUCCGAGGUUGACGGGAAACCCAAGUGGUGCUCGCAUUGUGCGAAUUGGAAGCCAGACCGCACUCACCAUUGCAGUGAUGCUGGGCGUUGCAUAUUGAAGAUGGAUCAUUUUUGCCCUUGGGUGGGUGGGCCUGUUGGAGAGACAAAUUUCAAAUUCUUCAUUCAGUACACAGGAUAUACGGCGCUUUAUUGCCUUCACUUACUGGUGGUCAUGGCUGUAUAUAUUGGUAGACAAGUGAACACAGAGGGUGAGACGUACAACCCCCAAUUCACUGCCAUACUUGGACUUGCAACAUUCUUCUUCCUAUUCACAGCAGGAAUGACAGGCACCUCAAUGGAUCUCGCCAUGAAUAAUUUAACGCAAGUUGAACGACUAGGAGCAAAGACUCGCGUUCAUACUCUUGCUAUCUUGAAACCCUCAAUCGAGCAACUGCAUCACAUUAGUCCGACAGUGGCUGGCCAACAUAACUAUCGCGAGAUAACGUUCCCAUUGCCAUUAACCAAGCCCCCUACGUCGGCGGACUUUUCGACUAGCACUUCAAACGCCUCCAAUUCUCCACUCGCACGAGUAGAAGUAGAAGGAAAUGUCCCUGAAGAAGAAGUCCGUUCCUUGGGGUCACAGCCAGCUUUGGGAACAUCAUCAGAGCCAUCACAAGGCUCAUCGACUGUCCCAGUGAAAGCAUCCACGAAUAAUGACCACAAUGAAAGAGUUCUAGACACGCCAGGUAGACUGAAUCCAACCGCGGAACCUCGUACUGAAAUUGAGGUCAUAACACCAGCAUCAGCAAAUGCCUUUGCGCAAUCUCGACCCUCUAAUCGAGAUCUCAUGGCUACGCGGACCUUUGCAGUUCUAGAUCUGAAACAAGGACAUAAUCCUUGGGACCUUGGAACUCGUCUACUAAACUGGGAAACGGUGAUGGGUUCUAGCGUCAUCGAUUGGGUGUUGCCCAUCAAAAGAAGUCCUUGCUGCAACCACGAGGAUACCGAAAGCCAAUUUCAGCUCGGUCCUUGGGUUGAUAUUCUAAAGUCAAGUUAUGGAUUCCUUAGUCCGGAAGACAUGCGUGCUUAUGGAGGGCGUAGAAAGUCGGAGCGGAGGGAUGUGGAAGAUUUCAAACCUCGUUCUGGACAUCGAAAACGUCGAAGAAGACAGAAACGUGAUACUGGGCGAGAAUUGCCGGUUCAACUUGAUGACUUGGAGAGCCAAGCUCCGCAGCCAACUUGA